GUCUGGCCUGUGUCGCCGCGGAGUGUGCGAGGACCGCGGUCAUGUGGGACACUGGCCAGACCGAAUUUUUUUCGCUGCGAACGACUCUGGCGGGAUCGACACCAUCGCCCGCAUCUCACCUGCAUCUGCGUCGCCGUCUGCAGCCGGCAGCGAGCCUGAACAGCCGAAGCGCCUCCUCUCCAACGUCGGUCUCGCCCCGGUCGUCCCAUCCAACAACACUCGCUCCCGACGGCGUCCACCAUCCAUCCACCCUGCUCCGCCGUUUGCACCUCCAGCCAUGAGCCGCAUCGAAGAGGACGUCUUGUCCCUGAAGCAGGCGAUCGUCAAGAGUUUACCCGACAGCAAGUCAUCGGCCAUCUCAGAUGCGCUGCUCCGACUCAAUCGCAUCUCGGUGACCAAGGACCUGCUGAGAAAAACCAAGAUCGGUGUCGUGGUCGGCGACCUCAGGAAAAACGAAAAGCUGAGCUCGGAGGUCCGACAGGCGGCAAAGAGCCUGGUGGGCAAGUGGAAGAAGGAGAUUGAAGAAAAGCCCUCGACGGCAACAGGAGCGGCAGAGUCAUUGCCGUCUCCAUCCGCCGCCGAGACCAAGAAGAAGCUUCCUGCCAUCAACACUGCUGUCGUCAAAGAGUCGUCUCCGGCCGCCGCGGCCUCGCCGGUUUCUUCGGCAUCGUCAACACCAACGGUCCGAACCAUCGCAGGCGACAAGCUCAAGUUCAGCUCCAGCGGCGACACUCUCCGAGACAAGUGCAUCGGGAUGCUGUACACCUCGCUCGCCAAGGACACCGACACAGACGGCAAGCGCCUGCUGAGUAUCGCAAUGAACAUCGAGGCGUCCGUUUCCCGAGAGCUGGGAUCCCAAAGCCCCAAGUACACGAGCAAGAUCAGCUCGCUCUCCUUCAACCUGAAGAAGAACGCGGACUUGCGAUGGCGAGUCAUCACCGGCGCCGUUGGCGCCACCGAUUUUGCCAACAUGAGCAAGGAGGACAUGAUGACGGCCUCGCGCAAGGCCGAGGUGGAGGAAGCCCACAAAGAGAGCCUACAUUGGGCCGUCACGGCCACGGAUACCCAAGCCGAGACCGACAUGUUCAAGUGCGGACGUUGCGGCCAGCGCAAGACCAAAUACUUUCAGAAGCAGACCCGCAGUGCUGACGAGCCCAUGACGACAUUUGUGACCUGUGUAAACUGCGACAACCGAUGGAAGUUCUGCUGAGGAGAAAGUAUCCAGGCGUUGUUGUCCCCCUUUCCCUCAGCCGCAUUUCAUGCUUACUGUUCUCUUCCUCAAUUUGAUCGAUGUUGGAGUUGUGGCGGUCUUGGCGGGAUGGGUGAUUAUGACGGUGUGCGGCCAUGUUUACUUGCCGUAGAACGAUGGUGGGAUGGGAUGAGCUUUCGACAGGCGUGGUUGUCGCAGCGGUGUCUAUGCGAUCUGCGUCAUUUCAUUGUGUAAUCUGUGCCGACUGUGUUGCUUUUGAUGUGCCGUUGGGGUUGAUGUUGCUGUUGCUGUUGCUGUUGGCAUGGCUGUUGCGUUUCUUGCUUCCUUCUCUCCCCUUCUCUCCCCUUCGAAUCUCUCAUGCUUUCAGCUUUGCCGAUUUGCAACAGCCAACUAAUUGAUAUCAACGUCCAGCACA